AUGUUCAAAGGAAUUUUACCUUCAAAGAGGAUUUCUUCCUCCGAGUUCACCAUGGUUACCAGUCUCGGCGAUAUCUCCAAUGGCAAGGAGAACCUCCCCGUGGAGCCUAGCAAUGCGACUCAGGCUUCAAAACCCCCCAAGACCUCACAGAGCAAAGCUAAAUAUGAGAAGUCCAAGUCGAAUAAGACAUCUUCUCAAGAUGCCAUCGCUGGGCCUCAAGCAAUGCACCAGGCCUUCGACAGACUGCUAGAUGAACUGCAGAUUCCUCCCACUCUGCGUCCCAAGUUAACUAAUAUGGAUACGACCGUCAAGGCGGCCAUGCUUAAAUCAUCUCGCGUGCUAACGACCAACCCUCCCGCGGGUGCUACACUUGUGGGACAACCGUCCACCCCGCGUACUAUGCGAAAAGCUCGGAGUAUAGAGUCCAUUGCCUCACCAUCUGCUCACACUCCUGUGUCUGGACCUGGCCACGAAAGCCAACCACGACGUGGAGGGCUGUGGAAAAAUGCUCUUGCCGGAAAAAGUACGACCGACUUACAUGCCUCGGACGUCACGGAUAAGACCCACGGUAGGGGCAGGUCAUUUGACACGUCCAGGACCCUCUCUCAGUCUGAAACCCCCGCGGUGGUUCCUGGUGAUCUCAUGACAAACAAGUCGAGAGAUAAAGCGUUCGGCAAAACCAUCACCCCGGUGAAAUUCUGCAGCAUCCUAUUCUCGACCUCCAGCACAGCGCUUGAGGUUGAAAUGGUAAAGAAGCUUAGGCUGAUGCUGCGUAAUGAAUCAGCUGCCUGGACAGAGGAUUUUCUACGGGCAGGCGGUUACAGUGGUCUGCUUACAAGGCUUAACGAGAUACUUGAGGUAGAAUGGCGUGAGGAGCAACAUGACGAUCAAAUGUUGCAUGAACUUCUGCGGUGCUUCAAAGCCUUGUCAACAUCAUCAAUAGGUUGUUUCGCGCUCCGCAGUUCGUGUCCAACCCCUUAUGUGCAAUUGGUAUCCUUGUUGUAUUCCGAUAAGAAACCCGGUGACAUCGCUACUCGGCAACUAAUCGUGGAGCUGCUUCUGAUCCUGUUUGAUAUCUACCCGUCGUCCUCUCUCCCAUCAUCAGGAGGUCGGCCCCGGCCGGAAGUAUGGGAUUCCGGCACACCCAGUAACGUGAUUACUCUUCCUGUCCCUCACAAGAAUCUCUUUUCCCUCAUCCGUGCACUGUUACUUACCCCGGCACCUCCCCCUACUGAAUCCCCUGCUGUACCGGUCUCCCCACAUGCCUUUAUCGAGAAGCUUUCUGACGUAUGCAGGGACUAUUUCUGGGUCUUCUGCCAUCCCAACAAUACGGUCUGGAAUCUCGCUGAGGUAAACGAAGGUAAGGUCGAGAAGCCCAAGGCCCCUGGUGGCAUGACGGGAGGCGUGGAGUUUGAAGCUAUGGGUUACUUCACCAUGCACUUGAAGCUGAUUAAUGCAAUCGCUAAGAUCGUCCAUGAACUGAAUAUGGAGAAGGACGACGCAAUGUCUGCUCAUCGAUUCCAUUCCGAUCUCUUCGCUUCUGGUUUGGAACGGAUUCUCCUGAUUUCGCGCAAGGCGUCGACGACGUAUUAUCCAACUCUUCACCUUGAGCUUGCCCGGUACAUCCGUUGGGCGUGCUUGGCAAGAUAUGAGCUUCCUUGGACGAUUUCAAGGCUGAUCGGUCCUCCUCCCGUUGGUCUAAGUAAGGUUAAUGCCAGACCUCCCAAGGCGAAUCGGGACGGGCAGAGCCCGCACAGCUCCCCCACUAAACGCGGUGCACCCACUCAGGUUUCUCCUGGUUUUGUUGGACUGCCUUGCCCGAAGAAGGUCGACCCGAUCAAGUUCGACUGA